AUGAGCAUCGGGUCAGCGGAGGCUAGCUCAGAUAGCAUCCAGGCUCGUCCUGGCCCUGCUGCGGCCGGACUCGACCCUUCUGCCAAUCCACCGGUGCCUCGCACGCCUACACCACCACUACCUACCAAAACGACGCAGCAGAGCUCGCAGUCCUCAACACAGCAACAGCAGAUUAAGCAGCAUUCACCACAAGACUCACAGACGACACCGCAAUCGACAGCUCCCAAAGAUGCCGACUCCGCACCGAGCUCCAAGGUAGCCACUCCCGUCCUGGCAAAGCCUCCAACGAUCGCAGCGCCCCCUCAACCUCCAGCACGGCCGCCGCCUCCUGCGAGUGCGGUCAGUCUUCAUGCAGCCGCUGCUGCUGCUGCUGCCAACAAGCAGAAAGCAGCUCAAGCUGGCGAGUCGAUAACAGCCGCCUCGUCAACUCCAGCAACUCCAGCGCAAGCCAACGUGACAGGCGCAUCCACUGGCACAGCUGGCAACGAUGGCUCUUCCAAAAAGCCUGCCAAGCCCAAAGCUAGCAAGGCGCCUGGCCUCACCAAGACAAAGCAGAAGCGAAAAGCGAACCAGGCUGGCCCGCAGGAUGAGUUUGUCUAUCGUCCAGCAUCAAGCACCGCAGGCGGCACCAUUGGCGCGGCACCGGACUCGACCAUGCCCACCCUCCUUCCAGCAGCCGGCGGGGGUCGCAAACCGAUGCCCGAGCUGGUUCUGCCUUUCCAGUUGCCCUUCGCCGAUCUUCGCCCCGACAUGCCCAUGCUGGACAAUACGAGCGUGCAGGCGGCCAUGGCCAUGGGAGCUUCGGAAACCUCUUCGCUCGACACGGGAAGCGACAGCGACGACUAUUCGGUCAUGUCGGACGACUCGGACCUCGACAGCGAAGCAGAGGAAAGCCGCAGAGAGGCUCGCAGACGCAAAAGGGAACCCGCUACCAUCGAAGAGAGCCUCGUUCUGCUUCAGUCGCUGCGCCAAUCGCGUCUCUCGCAUCUCUCGUCGCUGCUGACCCCAUUCAGCCAGCGCGUCAAAUCGGGCAUGAUCUAUCCGAAUGUACUGCCUCUCAGCCUCCUCCACGGCCUCAAUCCGCGAGACCCACACAUUCUCAUCCAGCUCGGUCGCGCCGACAUCCACGUCGGGCCGCACGUCUUUCUCAAGACCAAGUUCUGGGAGGUCCGACCCGAUUACGAGAUGCCGCCUUCCAUGAGUCCUGUCGGCGGUAUCCGUGCGCCAGGCUCGUAUGCAGGUCCAUCGGCUUAUCCGCGCAUGCCAAUACCGCAGUCGCUGCCAAAGCAUUUGCCCCAGCCUCAGCCUCCCAAGCUGCCCUCGCCGCGUGCUGCGCCUCUUCCCAGCUUGCCACAGCCGAAGUUGCCAGCGGUGCAACUGUCUGCGGUGCGUCCAACACCAGUCACAGCGUCGACCGCCAGUCAGGCUGCUGUCAAGCCUGUUGUCCCGGCGCCGCCAACCACACUGCCGACGUUGCCCGCCAUCCCGAGUCAGACUUCUGCUGCAACUAGGCCUUCAGUCACGCCGAAGCCGGCAGCCUCGCCUGCAGUGACCCCAACGAUGUCAGCGUCAGCGUCCACCGCACCUGUGCCGACAGUGGCAACGACGUCGGCACCAGCUUCGUCACCCGUGGUCAAGCCAGCUCCAGUCAGCGCUGCAUCCGCGCCAGCUCCGGUCUCAGCCAGCGCAGCGACCAAUGUGGCCAAGCCAGCCGCUCCUGCCGUUGCUGCCACCUCCGGGAGUAUCGAAGCUAAGUCAGCUACGACGAGCCAGGCAUCGACCGCGGUCGCUCCGACCCCCAAGCCCAUCGCCGCGCCCGUCUCCUUGCCAAGACCGCCGAUGACUACUCCGUCCCUGCCAAGACCACCCAGCAUCAACCAGCACAACAACGCAGCCGGUGUCAACGCUUCCACUUCGUCGACGGGAACUACAGCCGCGCCGCCCAAGCUGCCUUUGCCAGCCGCGGCAUCCAUAGCCAAGCCAGACAGCACGCCUGCUUCCACGGCGCCGUCGACGCCCUCGAACGCGACGCCGGCACCCACUGCAGCUCCCUCGGCGACAUCUGCAGCGCCGACCGCUGCUGGCGCAUCGACAGAUGGGAAGCCAGCUGCCCCUGCGAAUGCAGCCGCCCCACAACCGCCGGCCCGCCCGACAGGCGUCCCACCUCCGCCAGCGAUCGACGCUGUGCUGGUCUCGCGCGUCAAUGCCACUGCAGCGCUCAAUCCGGAACUACAGGAGCUUCUCCACAUCGCAGCCUCGGGCAAGGCCAAUCCCAACCAGCUCAAAGCGCUUGGCGUCUGGAUUCAGGCCAUCACGGCUCAGCUCCGACAGGAUGAGGCACGCAACGCAGCCAACGCCAACAAUGCCGCCGCGUCGGGUUCUCGCAACGCAAAUGCCGCGACUACCACAGCUGAAGGCAAAAAGACGAAGAAGACCAAGGUGGACGAGGCAGCCAAAGCGAGCAAGAAGCAGGCCAAGAUUGAAGAGCGCGAAGCUAAGAAGAAGGCCAAGGCCGAAGCAAAGGCGAAGGCGCAGGCUGACAAGCAGCAAGCGCGCAAGUCACACACCGACAAGCAGCACAAGGUGCAGCAUCAACAGCAGCAUCUCCGUCAGCAGCAGCAGAAUCCGAAUUUGCCGCUCUUUUCGGGCAAGCUCCGUCAUCCUCCUCCCGGCUGGCCCACUGACGGUCCACCCAAGCCGCCCGUCAUCAUUGUCGAGUUUCGGGAAAACCCGAGCAUGCGCUUCAUUCUUCCGCUGUGGAAGUGCCUCGUGGAACGCACCGAGGGGCUCGAGCGACCAUCGCUACCCAAGAUCAAGAAGGAGCGACGCAGCUUUUUCGACAACGACUCGGACGACGAGGAGAGCCAGAGGAUCGAGCCGGAGCUCAAGCUGAGCUUCUUUGCUCCUUCGCUUGGCUCGGAUGCUGCCGACGGCAGUGGACUUCGCGAAUUGGAGGAGGAGCUGAAACGCAAAGCAGCCGAAGAGGCCAAACUCAACGCUGUGAAUGCUAGCUCCACGGCUUCACCGAGCGACGGCGCUGCCCUUGGUGCGUCAUCGUCGACUGCAUCCCCGGAGGCCGGAACUCCCGCAUCUGCCACUGGCGACAACGACAAGGCCGACACGCACGCCAAGAAGAAGAAGGCCGGAUCCACCACUGGCAGCAAGAAGGGUAGCAAAGCGGUCAAGCAGGAAGUGCCGGACGCCAUGUCCUUCGAUCAUCCGCAAAGCAAGAAGCACGAAGUCUAUCCGCUCACCUGGAGCAUCAAGGGCGGCGUCACCGAGAGUCUCUGGGAGGCGUUCGGUCGCGUGCCGGGCACCAUGACGUGCCAGCCCGUCAAGCGCGAGCCCGAGAUCGAGCUUGAGCCGGACGUGGCCGAGUUCCUGGUGCCCGAGAUUCGAUACCACCUGCUCGACCUGCCCAUGGAGGAGAUCAAAAUCCAGAAGGAGACAACGGAAGCCUUUGUCGAUCUGUACAGCCAAGUUCCAGAUCGUCGCUUCAUUCUGCCGCGCGUUGCUCCGAUCCACUUGCCGCAAGGACUGGAGGAUCAUCUGCAGGACCGCUUUGCCGUGCGUCCUCAGUGCAUCGAGGGUCGACCCAUGGUGAAGCGCAAAGCGGGUGCGCGCGAAGACGACGUGAGCUUCUCGUACGAGGGUAUUGGACUCGCGGUCAUCGGACCCGACGGUGUCAAGACGGAGCCAGGGGCCGAGCCGGCCAAGCCACCCAAGCGCAAGCGCCACGUCGCGACGCAUAACCCGGACGGCUCGAUCAAGAGCUGUGGAGCGUGCGGCAAGACCAAGACGCCCAUGUGGCGACGUGGACCCAAGGGCCCUUCGCAGCUGUGCAACGCGUGCGGAGCGCGAUGGAAGGCGGGCCGACUGGUGGUGCCCGAGGUGGCGCCGCCGCCGAUCAUCGAGGCGGAAGAAGACAAGUCGAAGGAGGAGGAGGCGCGCAAGGAGGACGAGGCGCAGGCGUCGAUGCACGGCAGCAACGCGUUGGUCAUCCCGCAGAGCUCGGGGGACGAUGAUAGCUUUUCGGUCAUGGCGGCGAGCGGACUGGUGGGCCCGGAUCCGUUUGGCGACAGCUUUGCGCUCGCGUCGGAGGGCAAGUCGGGCAUGGACUUUGGUUCGAGUCAUCUGAGUAGGGGGUCGUCCAGUCCAAGCCCGUUCAUUCGAUCGCCGGUUCCGGAGGAUCAUGUGAUGCCAGCAUCGGUCGAUCCGAGCAUGCUUUCGGGAUCGAUGCGUGGUACUUCCGGGCGCCGGUGA